CAAUGGACACUGCUAGCCAUAGCCUUGUCCUUUUGCAGCAGCUGAACAUGCAGCGAGAAUUUGGUUUUUUGUGUGAUUGCACAGUUGCUAUAGGAGAUGUUUACUUCAAGGCCCACAGAGCUGUGCUUGCUGCUUUUUCCAACUAUUUCAAGAUGAUAUUUAUUCACCAAACAAGUGAAUGCAUAAAAAUACAACCGACUGACAUCCAACCUGACAUAUUCAGCUAUUUGUUGCACAUUAUGUACACAGGGAAAGGGCCAAAACAGAUUGUGGAUCAUAGUCGUUUGGAGGAGGGGAUUCGAUUUCUUCAUGCCGACUACCUUUCUCACAUUGCAACUGAAAUGAAUCAGAUGUUCUCACCAGAGACUGUACAGUCCUCAAAUUUGUAUGGCAUUCAGAUCUCAACAACUAAAAAACCAGUUGUCAAACAAGGGCUGGAGGUCAAAGAUGCUCUUUCCAAUAACAGUGGCAACAGAACUGCUGUCCAGGGUGACCACCCCCAGUUGCAGCUGUCUCUUGCUAUUGGCCUGGACGAUGGCACUGCAGAGCAGCAGAGGGCCCCUUCUGCUACCCAGGCCUUGGAGGAGCACCAGAAGCCUUCAAUGUCCAUCAAGCAGGAGAGGUGUGAUACAGAAUCAGUGAUCUCCCAGAACCAUCCCUCACCCUCAUUAGAGGUGACAGGCCCCACUUUUACUGAAAACAGUAUCAAAAUACACUUAUGUCAUUACUGUGGGGAACGUUUUGAUUCCCGUGGUAACCUAAGACAACAUCUCUAUACACAUGUAUCUGGAUCUCUCCCAUUUGGUGUUCCUGCUUCCAUUCUGGAAAGUAAUGACCUUGGUGAAGUACAUCCACUUACUGAAAAUAGCGAGGCUCUUGAAUGCCGUAGGCUCAGCUCCUUCAUCUUCAAGGAGAAUGAUCAGCAGCCUGACCACUCAAACCGGGGUAACACAGAGUCUUUACAGAUCAGUCAAGUAUCUUUAAUCUCCAAAGACACAGAGCCAGUAGAAUUAAACUGUAAUUUUUCUUUUUCAAGGAAAAGAAAAAUCAGCUGUACCAUCUGUGGUCAUAAAUUUCUUCGAAAGAGCCAAUUGUUGGAACACAUGUAUAUACACAAAGCAAAGAGCAAUCACUACCUGAGAAAAGCAGUGAAUCUUUCCCAGCACUAGCUAUGGACAGACCACGAAGCUUCUUCCUGGAAGAAGGAAUCUCUCUUAUUCUGGCUUGAUGCCCCUGACGGCUGGAGACAGAGCGCAGGAUAAAGUACUCAAAAAGGAAAAUGCCGGGGGCGUGAAACAGAUAACCCAGCUUCAAGCUGUCUGCAGAAUUAUAAUGGCCAGGAACCCAAAAUCACAUUUCCCAAAAAGGUUGGUUAAGAGAGAAAGAAGCCACGGACGACCCAUGCAUGGUUCUAGGACGAGCUAGAAGGGGGUAGGUGGGCAGACCUGCUGAGAGUCUCCUUGGCGGGAGUUUCCUGCUGACAAACGACCUCCGAGGUUCUUACCCGCGGCCAUCUCCGGGGACCCGUGUCAAGCGGGCACGUCCUGCCCACCCUGCUGCCCAGGCAGUCAGCGGGCCAGACCCCGCUCCGGACCCUCUUCCCCCGCAACCCUCUUGCCCUACUUGCACUUACCAAGGGCGCUGGGGUCCCUGCUCCCGACCUUGGGGCGCGCUCGCGGGGCAGGCAUCGGGAAGCCACGGUCGUACCCGGGCUGAAUCGUUUUUUGUGAGGGGCCGCCGCCAGGCUGCGCCCCCUCCCCAGCGGCGCUGGGACUGACAGCCCGCAGCGCCAAUGCGCGCCGAGCGGGGGCGGGGCUACGGGGCGGGGCGGGACCCGGGCCCACCUGAGCGCGGCGUGUGCUGCCGCGUGGGAGCCGAACUCGCGCUCAGCCGGGGGCGCUCGCCCGGCAGCGGGAUCACUUCUGGGCGAUGGCCGGGACCACCGAGAGCGAGAGAGCCAGAGGACGAGGGUAACAAGCCCUGCAUUUUCAACGAGGCAAAAUAACGAAGCCCAGUUUUAAAUUAUAGGUACUCCAAUUACAAAUCCUCCCCCCCAGUAUUUAUUAAAGAAAAUUCAUAGAGUGGUGAGGUCACGUUUAUUUGGAGAGAAAAUUACACCUAUAGAUGGAAACAGAAAGAAACCAAACUUUCCGAAGAAUAGGUUUGUGUGUAAGGAGGUUAUCACAGUUCGUUGUCCCCCAAUAGGAGGCAGGUGGCGGCUAUGCGUGCAGAACUCCGUAGUCUGCAGGAGCAACCACAUCCAUGAGGGCAGGGUGAGAAAGGCGAGGAAUCCAGCUCCCUCCAUCUUCUACACGUUACCUAUUUCCACAAGUAAGUUGAGUAGCUUACAAGUUUCCCUACUUAAGAUACCUACUUGACCUGGUCCCUCUCGGUUAAACGGGUGGGGAACAGAAGACAUUGCUCACAAUUCCAGUCUCAGAGCAAAGGGCACAGGCACUAUCUACCCGCUUGCCUGAUCGAUGAGGCUGUAUAUUUUCAAGCAUUUACUGAGCCUUUAUCUAAACUUGCUGCCCAUCAUGAAAAGCACCUUAAAUAUUCAUUUGUACACAAAGCAUUAAUGUAGCCCCAUGAAAUGUGUUGCUUUUAGAGUUUAUCAUGACUCGCUUGGGCUUCUUGUUACUCUUGAGGGCAUUCCUGGGAGCCCCAGCUGGGAGAUUCAACAAGAUUCAUCACAAUCCCAGCCCCUCCACUGGUCCCUUCAGCACAGCCUCCCAGUGAAAACCUGUAAGGCGGAGUGAAGCACUACUGAAAAGCAGGUGCACUCAUUUCCUUUAAUAGGAUCAUGAUGUUUGGGAGAGUAAAUCUCAUGUACGCAUUUUUUGAUGUUUUUCCAGAAAUAUAUUUUA